AUGGCCCUGGGUGGCGGAUACUACGUGCAGGAGUUCUUCGGACGUGCACUGGAGGGCAUGGCCUCGGCCUCAUCCGUCGCGCUGGAGGCAUUCUCGAACACGAUGGUGGUGCAUGCCUUUUCGGCGAACGAUCGGCUCGAGGAGAAAUUCGUCCAGAUCUUGAAUCCGACUCUCAAGGCUGGGAUCUGGAAAUCCGUCGCCAUGGCUACCCAGGCUGGACUUUUGUAUUUCAUCGCUUUCUCCGCCAAUGGUCUUGCCUUCUGGCAGGGGCCAAGACAGAUCGCUGAGGCCGUGGAAUCGGACGGUGGAACGUCCGUCGGCGCUAUAUUUACUGUCAUCCUCAUCGUUGUAGAUGCCUCUCUGAUUCUCAGUCAGGCUGCACCCUUUCUGAAAAGCUUCGAUGCCGCCUCCGUCGCCUUCACUAAGCUAGAAGCAGAUAUUGAGCACCCUUUAGCUAUUGACGGCACUGCCGAAGACAUCGGCCAUGUACUUCCAGCAGUCACUGGGACUAUCGAGUUGCGCAAUGUCUCCUUUUCUUUCCCUUCCCGGCCAGACAAGCCCGUGUUGCAGGAUCUCUCUUUCACCUGCCCAGCCGGUCGGCAGACGGCCAUCGCCGGCCUUUCAGGAAGCGGGAAAUCCACCGUUGCCGGGUUGAUCACCCGGUUCUACAACGCGGAAGGGGGAACAGUGCUGCUAGAUGGUCACGACGUCAAGGAACUCAACGUGCGCUGGGUCCGGAGCUACAUGAGUCUCGUGCAACAGGAACCGUACCUGUUGGACCGGUCCAUUCUGGAAAACAUCGCUCUGGGUCUUGUGAACUCUCCCAGACAUAAGCACCUACAUCCGGUACUGAUGAGCAACAUUUUGGCUGAGGUAGCUGCGGCAGUGCGAGAGGGCCAGGAUCCCAUACCAGCUUCCCUAGCACGAGGUGAUUCGGCACGAGAAAUCGUAGACCUGGUGCUGAACGCCGCUCGUCUGGCCGAUGCAAGUGGCUUCAUUGAGCGGCUCGAUGAAGGAUAUGGGACCCUAGUUGGCGCCAAGGGAAACCUCAUCAGUGGUGGUCAAAAACAACGUAUCUCGCUGGCGCGUGCCCUGGUAAAGGACCCGCGCAUUCUUAUUCUCGAUGAAGCUACCGCUUCGCUUGACUCGGCGACAGAAUUACGCAUCCAACAGGCUCUGGAGAACGCGUCAAUCGGGCGCACAGUGAUCACCAUUGCUCAUCGGCUCUCAACCAUCAAGAGUGCAGACAAUAUUAUCGUCAUGCGCCAGGGUAAACUGGUCGAGCAAGGAACGCAUCAUGAUCUGAUAAACGCCAACGGUGCCUAUGCUGAGCUCGUUCGUCUCCAGAAUCUCAACGUCCAUGGCAGCAGCGAAGGUGAUAAAGAGACUGAAGUUUCCUCCGCUCACUCUGCUUCCUUGACGCGCGAUAUCCAUGAGAAAACCGGGGCCCUGGAGAUGUCGGCUGUGGCUGAUGCCACAGACGAGGACAAGAAAGCUAGCCCAGCUCAGAACAAGGAGCAGGAACAGCCGAAUAAGGAGGAUCAAAACUCUUUAUCCACUGCACGCUCUAUGGGGUCUCUCUUCCGCCCAUACCUGUUUGUGCUCGUCCUCGCCAUCGCCGACGCAGUGGUCAUCGGUGGCACAUAUUGUGGAUCAGCGGUGAUCUUUGGAAACGUCGUGGGCAAGCUGAGCGGGUGCGAGAAACCCAGCAUUCCACGCCACUCGUCGACUGCUGGAUCUGCUUGA